AUGGGUAUAUGUUCUAUUGCCCGCUGUACGAAGCGGACGGGUCGAGAUAAAAUCAAGAGGUUUUCUCUUCCCAAUGUGAACUCGAAAACGAAAAGUGCUGACAUCGAACUGGUCAAGGAGAGGCGACGGCUGUGGAUUGCAGCGAUAGCCAGAGCAGACCUAGUUGGGAAGACAUUGGAUGAUGCUCGUGUUUGCAGCGAUCAUUUCAUUUCCGGCCGCCCUUCUGAACUCUGGGACAAAACAAACCCAGAUUGGGUUCCUUCGAAGAAUUUGCCUGGUCCUGGCAAAAGGAAGGCGAGUGAGGAGCAGGUAGUGGAGCGUUAUGCCUGUCGCAAAGCCAGACAGAGAGUGGAGGAGGCCCAUUCAGAGGCUGCAGCUUCAUUGGAUGUCAAUGAUCCGCCACAUCUGUGUGAUGUUGGCGUUGCCUCGUUACAACCACCACCAUCACCUGAUGCUGGGCCUGCUGCUUUGGAUCUGUCACCGCCACAUGAUGUUGAUGAUGAGAGUGACGUCCUUGUGGAGGAGAGCAUGGAUUUAUCCAAUUUUCCACCUGGCCAGCUGGUUCAAGAGCUAGACUUUUCUGAAGAAGGCAGUAAGGACACCAAUGACAAAUGCGUGGGGACGUUGUUAUCUGGUGAUGAUAUAACAUUUGCCUUUCAAUCUUUAACGGAAGCCACCUUCUCACCUUCUUCCCUCCAUGCUCCAACGGCUAGCUCCAACAACUUGGACGUCCAGGUGCAGCUGGCCAGGCUAUCUACAGAGAACAAGGGCUUGCAAGAUAGGCUGACCAAGCUGACAGCGGAAUACAAGGUGCUUGAAGGCAAAUUGGCCAGUCACGCGCCGUUCACGCAAGCCAAGUUGCAAAAUGAUAGCGAUGUGCGGUUCUUUACGGGUUUGCCAACCUUCGAGAUGUUACUGGCUGUGUACGAGCAUGUGCGUGAGGGAAUGCCAGACUCAUUUGGCUGUGCCUUGUCCCCGUUUCAAGAGAUGGUUGUUGCCCUUGUGAAGUUACGGUUGGACUCAUCAUUACAAGCCCUGGGCCAUCGGAUGGGUGUAUCGGCUGGCACCAUUUCCCGCAUUCUUACCAAAUGGUAUACAGCCAUGGACCGUCGACUAUCACAUUUGGUUGUCUGGCCAGGGAGGGAGGAGCUACAAGCGACAACACCAGUUUGUUUCAGGGAGGCGUUUGGCGUGAAAGUGUCAUCAAUCAUCGACUGCUUCGAAGUGUUCAUAGACAGGCCUUCAAACUUGUACACCCGUGCCCAGACAUGGUCGAACUACAAACAACAUAACACAAUUAAAGUGCUGAUUGGGAUCACCCCGCAAGGUGUCAUCUCCUUCAUCUCCGAGCCGUGGGGCGGGCGCGUCAGUGACAAGUAUCUAACCCAGCACUCUCAGUUCUUGUCAAACCUUUUACCUGGAGACAUUGUCCUUGCAGACCGUGGCUUUGACAUCCAGGAGCUAGUUGCCGUGCAGGGAGCCAAGCUCCACAUCCCAGCGUUCACAAGGGGUAAGAAGCAACUGUCGGCCGAUGAUGUGCAUACCACCCGCAGCAUCGCAAACGUGCGCAUCCACGUCGAACGAGUUAUUGGGAAUCUCCGCAAGAAAUAUUCUAUUUUGCGAGGAAUACUGCCGAUUGAUUUCCUGCGUAGUCGCUCUGGAGAUGACCGACCUUUGAUUUGCCGUAUCAUUCCUGUAUGUUGUGCCCUGACCAAUCUCUGUGAUUCGGUUGUGCCUUUCGAGUGA